AUGCUUCUUCUAAAUGCCGCUGGAGGAGGCGACACGUUUGCUAUUGAGGCCAACCACAAGGUCUGUCACACUGGAAACCACUCCCCGUGGCACUACGCUGUGAUAUAUUUCAUUACCGAUGUGUACAUCACAUUUUGGAAGAGCGAUGCAUUCAAUGGCCACAAGGGUAGCUUUAACCCAGUCUGUGAUCACUAUGAUGAUCCUUCAGAAGUGUGUGUCUUCAACUUCAAGCCAAGGUCAUUGCGACACCCGGCAUAUCCGGGGCGGGUCAGUUGGCGCGAUAAGUAUUGA